AUGAACCCACUCUCACCUCCAACCUCCGCAAGCAUCAUCCCCAACUCAACCCCAAACUCCCCUUCAUCUCUCCAACACUACAACUCCAUCAUUCUCACUCACACCAAACAAAACAACCUCCCUCAAGCCCUCAACUUUUUCAACAACCUCUCAUCCCUCAACCUCAAACCAAACCAAUUCACCCUCUCAAUCCUCCUCAAAUCCUCCUCCAUCCUCCCAAACCCCUCCCUUUCCUUCCAACUCCAUGCCCAAGCCGUUCUCUCCGGGCUCGCCUCUGACCCGGGCAUUCGCUCUUCUCUCAUUACGGCCUACUCUUCAUUUGGCCUCCUACAUUGUUCCCGCCGAGUCUUCGAUGAAAUGGCCUCACUCGACGUUCCCCUGUGGAACUCUGUCAUGUCCUCAUACACAUCUCAUGACCGAUAUGAUGAAUCCUUCGAGUUGUUACUGAAAAUGAUCAACGUUGCACGUUUGAAGCCAAAUGAGGCUACUUAUGUGAUCAUCAUUGGUGCUUGUUCGAGGAGUGGAGAGAUUGAGGUUGGGAGAAUGGUUCAUGCAAGGAUGAUCAAGGAGAGGAUGGUUGAUGAUGUGAGAUUGCGAAAUUCGCUUAUCACGUUGUAUUCGAAAUGCGGAGCAUUGAGAGAAGCUAGAGAGGUUUUCGAUAAGGCUAAUUUCAUGAAUGUUGUAUCUUGGAAUGCUAUGAUUGGCGGGUAUGAGCAGAAUGGGGAAUUUGAGCAGGCAUUGUGCUUGUUCAGGAGACUAAAUGGAGAGAUAGUUGUCGUUAAGCCCAAUAGGAUUACAUAUUUGAGUGUGUUGAGUGCGGUUUCGUCUGUUUCGAAUUUGAAAUUUGGGAGGGAAGUUCAUUCUCAGGUUAUAAGAUCAGGGCUCGAUUCUUUUACAAGUAUAGGGAAUUCCUUGAUUACUAUGUACGGAAAGGUCCGCGAUGUGGGAAAAGGGAGGCGUGUAUUUGAUAGAUUACCUGUCAAGGAUGUUAUCAGUUGGAACUCGAUGCUCGCAGGAUAUGCACAGAAUGAACAAUGUGAGAGUUGUAUCAAAUUAUUCAGAGAAAUGUCAUUGAUGAGAAACAAACUUGACGAUCACACGAUUACCAUUGUUCUUAGUGCAAUAUCGUCUGAAUUGUCUUCCUGCAAACUGGGCAGAGAGAUUCAUGGAUAUAUAUUGAGGAGAUCAGUGUGGAAAGUAAUAAAUAUAUCUGUAUAUAACGCCAUCUUAAGUACGUAUGCGAAGAGUAAUAGAUUAAAGGAUGCAGAGAAAAUCUUCGGGCAGAUGGGAGAACGAGAUUCCUACUCUUGGAAUGCGAUGAUGGAUGGUUAUUCAGUGAAUGGUUGUUACACUGAAGCUAUUGAACUCUUCAUAUAUUUGCUUGACCAAGGCUUGGGAUUCGAUCAUCUGACUCUUUCGAUUCUUCUUACAGUCUGUGGGAGAUUGGUCUCCAUCGAAUUAGGGAAGCAGAUUCAUAGUUUCACUCUGAAGCAACAAAGUAGUCUUUGUAAUUCAAGAACCUCUCUCCUAUCGAUCAACAAUGCGUUGAUAUCCAUGUAUUCAAAAUGUGGCAGCAUGGCCGACGCAGAUAGGAUAUUUAGACGGAUGAAAAACACAGAUGUUUUCACAUGGACAGCGAUGAUUACAGGAUAUGCACAUCAAGGAAUGGCGAUUGAAUCCCUCCACCUCUUUCAGAAAAUGAGAAACAAUGGCAUUCGACCAAAUUCAGUCACAAUGCUUGGAUUGCUUACUGCUUGUGCUCAUUCUGGCUUAGUUGAAGAAGGGGCUCAUUAUUUUGGCUUAAUGAGCAAAGAGAACUACGGAGAAUCAAGCGUUGAGCAUUAUGCGUGUAUGGUUGAUCUCUUCGGACGAUCGGGCCAAUUUGAAAGAGCUGAAGCUAUGAUUGCAGCUGGAAUCUCUAAAUUAGGGCUAAACCAAGGCUCUAGCUUACCAUUGUGGAGAGUGUUACUAGGAGCUUGCCAUGCUCAUAAGCAGCUCGAGACAGGCAAGAGAGCAGCAGCGAAGGUUUUAGAGAUUGAGCCUGAGGAUGAGACGACUCAUGUACUGCUUUCUAAUCUCUAUGCUUCUUUUGGAUUGUGGAGAGAAGCAGUGGAGAUAAGAAAGAAGAUGAGAGAGAAAGGAUUGAAGAAGGAAGCCGGAUGUAGCUGGGUGGAGAUUGCAAGAAAAAAGCGUGUAUUUGUAGCUGGAGAUGUUCAUCAUAGAAAUAGAGAGGAGAUAUACGAGAAGCUCGGAGAGUUGAAUGGGAGAUGCAAGGAGACUGGAUAUGUGCCGAUGAUUGAGCUUGUGCUUCAUGAUGUUGAUGAGGUUCAAAAGGAAGAGAUUCUCAGUUGGCAUAGCGAGAAGCUAGCUGUUUCUUUCGCUGUAUUGAAGGCAGGAAAUGCACGAGUUGUUCGGGUGAUCAAGAACCUUAGGGUUUGUGGAGAUUGUCAUAACUGGAUGAAAUUUGUUUCGAAGAUUGAGGAUAGGGAGAUUGUCUUGAGAGAUUCAAGAAGGUUUCACACGUUUAAGGAUGGGAAGUGUUCCUGCGGGGAUUACUGGUAG